UUACAGACAGUUGUGAGCUGGAAAAGCAGUCAGUGCUCUUAACCUCUGAGCCACAUCUCUAUAUAAAUAUGUAUAGUGGGAUGCUUCUCUAACAGAUACCAGUAUUCAAUUUUGCUUAUACAUAUUAGUUACUGCUAUAUAUUAGAAACUUCGACACAUCUUUGCAAAAGCAUCUACUUCUGCUUUACAGAGUGGAAAAGCAUCACAGAGAUGCUAAGGAACAUUCUAGAGGUACUCUGUGGGAAGUAAUUGCCCAAGCUGGGCUUCAUCUUUGGCUGGUGGAGCUCCAAAAUCUAUUCUCAGUUUCUGAAGGAGAAGCAGCCUCUAUGUGAUGUAGGUGCCAGGUUCCAGUUCUUCAAAGAACUGGAUUCUCGUAGCUCUCACAACAACUGGAUCAUCAUGGAAAGCAUCUCAGGUUGAAACACUGUGAGAUUUUACAACAGAUAAAGAGGUGAAACAAUAUCUUGGAUCUAUAAAACUUAACUACAUUGGCUUCAUUUAGCAUGUGCAUAAUAGUUUACAGAGUUCUAUGUCCAACUGCUAUGUCCAUCAAACAAACAUGCUUUUUCUAGUACCUACUGAAAUAAAUGUUCAUUGUUUAAACUGAUCAAAUAAAGCUUGUUUUUUCAGAUUUUAUUAUAUUGGGGAUAUUUGUCACAUACUGCAUUUCCAUGUCUACUUAUUGCAGACCACAUGGCAUCUAGGAGGAGUACGAUGUCUUAAUACAUGCUAUCUUGCAGAGCCAAGGCACUGUGGGUCCAAAGUCCUGUCAGAAAAUCUCAAAUUACUUGAGAACAUUCCCAGUCUUUCCAAGUUCAACUCUAUAUCUUUUCUUUCUGCAUUCUUCCACUCUUCCCUUUUAUGUUUAUUCAAUCAUUUUCAUAUGGUGGUGUGUGGGUGUUUAGAGCUAAAUAGUUGCAAACCUUCAACAGAAUCACACAUCAAUAUCUAAUUUCUUCAUCUGGCCAUCUAUUUUUGUACACAUUUAAUGCUUCUUUCAUAGGUCACAUGUUCUUUAAGACAUUCAUUCCCCAAUAUCCAAUAUUUAUGUUAACCGAUCCUGGAAUGUGCAAUGAGAACAAUCUGUUUUUAUCUUUGGUGUGAUAUCUGCUUUUUGGUAACUCAUGAUGUUUAGAGCUCUUACAUCCGAGGUUUCUCUUUGCUAGUGAGAUGAGCAGAGGCCAUUGGACAUGUGGUGACCUUGCUAUUGUCAUAUUUCCAUUUUGGGGGCUUAAUUUGUUCUGUAUCUGGGAGGAUGUACCUUUACAUGCCCUGUUGUUAACUUUUCCCAUAUAUUCCAAACAAAUUUGUCUCCAGUCUGUGAACUGUUCUGUAUGUCUGUGAAGACUCUGUUUUCAUCCUCAUUAUUUCUUCUGUUAGCACUAAAAUCUGCCAGUGUGAUGCACUUCUAAAACCUUGCACUUACCCUGUCUGCAUACAUCAUCUUUCUUCCUGGGUAGGAUAAUGGUUAGUAUAAGGUGGAUCUCACAGAUUGCACCCCAUGAUUCCUUGAACUACCAAGCAAAUGAAUUUGCAAUUCUUGGGCAAACAAUUGUUCACUGAAAUAGCAAGAACAAACCUUUGUCACUGUAGUUCUGUACUCUUCUGAGCAAUGAAAAUUAUUCUCUUCCUACUCCCUGUAGUUGGUUAGUUGAGUUUCUGACAUUUAUAAAAUAUCUCUUCAUAUUUAGGACACACUUUACAUGGUUUCUGGCAGAUGGUACUUAGACUUUUCUGUAUCAAUUUAACUUUAAGCAACAGUGCUCAUUUAAUUUUAACAAUAAUAUUAUUUCAAAAUGUCAAUUCCUGAUAAUGUUUUCAUGUUAAUAUAUCCAUUCUUCUUUUCUUCCUUUACUUAAGAAUAUUGUGGUAUUUCAUAUCACUAAUCAAACUUUCAAUGAAUUCAUUGUCUAUUUCCAGCUCCCUCUUCAUACAUAGUUGAGAUAUAACUCUUAAAAACCGUUGCAUAUUUCUUUGAAAUUUUUUUUAAUAUCUUCAAAAAUGGAUUCACAUUUCUUUUACCUUACUGUAAAAUGGAUUAAUGAUAGCCUCUAACCUAUAUAUUAUGAAAAUAGAAAACAUUUAUAAAUACCUUAACAUCAUACCUGGCCCCAAAUGAACAAUGAAUAAAUGUAGAUCAUCAUGAUUUUAAUAAAUAAACCCUCAUUGGUGUUGAUUUAACUGACAGCAAUUAAAGCCCAGAUUUGGGUCAUGUCAUUGUUCUAUGCUUAGAACAAUGAUAGAGAAGAUUCCCUCCUCCACAACUUUAAGUGCUUUAGCUACAUAUGAUCAAUGGCUGUUCAAUAACUUUAAUGAAUAGUUCCAGAGUGAGCAAUUCACAAGUUUUAAACUGCACCCUUCUGCACAGUGUCAUGCAUGACCUUUCACACAGUCCUGCUCCUUUGUUUCAGUGAAUCCAUGCUGUAUAGUAUAUAAUCCACUUUGUAGUCUGAAAACUCAGAGUAACAACUCUUAAAUACAUUGUUUUUCUUUAUCUGCAGAGGUUUCAGGCAUGUACCACAAACCUGGAAAGAUGUCUCCUGACCUACUGCCAAGGAACCUUGCUCAGUAGUUUCAGGAUGCAUCUUAUAACACAUAUGGUUGAGAGUCUAUGUACCUAGAACAAGUGCAUUUUAAAUGUGUUGUUACCGAUUUCCAUUUUCUUUUUUUUUUACACAGACACAUUCAGAAUGCAUGUUUCCACAUCUCUGGUUAAUUCUGGUAUUCUGUGUUACUUGGAGGAUGGAGCUUCAAAGGGUGCCUGGCUCAACAGGUCAAGUAUCAUUUUUGCUGGAGGUGACAAGUGGUCAGUGGAUCCUCGAGUUUCCAUUUCCACACUGAAUAAAAGAGACUACAGCCUCCAGAUACAGAAUGUUGAUGUGACAGAUGAUGGCCCAUAUACCUGUUCUGUGCAGACCCAACACACACCGAGGACAAUGCAGGUUCACCUCACUGUGCAAGUUCCUCCGAAAAUAUAUGACAUCUCAAAUGACAUGACCAUCAAUGAAGGAACCAAUGUCACUCUCACUUGUUUGGCCACCGGGAAGCCAGAGCCUGCCAUUUCCUGGAGGCACAUCUCCCCAUCAGCAAAACCAUUUGAAAAUGGACAAUAUUUGGACAUUUAUGGAAUUACAAGGGACCAGGCUGGGGAGUAUGAAUGCAGCGCAGAGAACGACGUGUCAUUCCCAGAUGUGAAGAAAGUGAGAGUGGUCGUGAACUUUGCACCUACAAUUCAGGAAAUUAAAUCUGGCACCGUAACCCCCGGACGCAGUGGGCUGAUAAGAUGCGAGGGUGCAGGUGUGCCGCCUCCGGCCUUCGAAUGGUACAAAGGAGAGAAGAAGCUCUUCAAUGGCCAACAAGGAAUUAUCAUUCAGAAUUUUAGCACAAGGUCCAUCCUCACAGUGACCAAUGUGACACAGGAGCACUUCGGCAACUAUACUUGUGUGGCUGCCAAUAAAUUGGGCACAACCAACGCAAGCCUGCCCCUCAACCCUCCAAGCACAGCCCAGUAUGGAAUCACAGGGAGUGCCUGCGACCUUUUCUCCUGCUGGAGCCUUGUGUUGACAAUGUCCUCCAUCAUCAGUAUAUUCUACCUGAAGAAUGCCAUCCUACAAUGAAUUUAAAGACCCAUGAAAGGCUUUUAAGGAGUCUCUGAGAGUGCUGAUGGCUGGAUCCAACCUGGUGCAGCUGGGUGGAAGCAGCGCGGGACACACUCGGCUGUCCGUACGAGGGUGAUGCCGUCCUUGGAAUGGCUGGUUGUGUAAAUACUUUCAUUCUCCUCUCCUUUUGAUUAGACACACGACCUUGUGAAGCACUGCACAUUGUCCUUUUUUAAGAUGUGAAAGCUCUGAACUUACUUUUAGAGGAUAUUAAUUGUGAUUUCAUGUUUGUAAUCUACAACUUUUCAAAAGCAUUCAGUCGUGGUCUGCCAGGCUUCCGGCUGUAGUUUACAUGACAAAUAUUGCAGUGAACACAUGAUUCUUUAAGGCUGCAAUACAAGGCUUCAGUGCCCUAUUUCAAUAAGAGUCAACCCACAUUUACAAAGAUGCAUUUUUUUUCUUUUUUGAUAAAAAAAAUCAAAUAAUAUUGCCUUCAGAUCAUUUCUUCAAAAUAUAACACAUAUCUAGAUGUCCCUGCUCGCAUGACAUCCAGGUUUUGGAAAUGAGCCUUGUAAUAUAACUCGCUGUGCUUCUCCUUCUAAGUUCAGCAUGGGUGUGCCUUCACAAAAUAAUCUUCUCUUUGUCUCUGACAAAUACAUAAUGUUUUCCUAAACCUUGCAAUUUGGAAACAAAAGUAAUUUACACUGAUAAACUAAGCCUGAGAACUUUGCCCACAGCAUCUCAGUCUCCUUGAUGAGGCUGAGGUUAAAUCUUAGUGCACUGUGGGAAAGCAUGAGCUGUUAGAGGACAGCACUGCCUGUCAGAGACCCCAGCAAUGCAGCGGUCUCCUGUACCAUUGCAGCUGAUGUCCUAAGACAGCUUCUCCACAUGGACCUGCAGUCCUAUCACCAAGUAGAUGUGAGGUGGUGAGUGCUCAGAUGAAUCUGGUUUUGACAUCAGUAAGUUAGUGUGACAGAAACCCUGAUUUUCCAUCUGAUUUUCUGUCAUUCGGUUGAUAGGAAUGCAUGUUAUUUUCUUUAAAAUUCCAAAAUGCAUUUUAACAAAUAUUGUGCAAUGGUGCACAACAGAUCUGCCCUGAAGUAACUAAUUCUUCACCAAAAAUCUUGGUAGUCAUUUCCAUUUAAACUGAUGCCAAAACUGAAGACUCACCAUGCUUCCCUGCAUCUUACAAGACACAUGUGAGAUGUGGUCAAAUGGACACACCAGAAGGAGGGCAUCAUGGGAUAUGUUAACCACUAAACGAUUGUGAAUAUUACAUUUUUUCUAUUUAAAGAACAAAAAUACAUUUUUGAAGGAAAAUGCUGUUAGUCUAACUAUUAUAUUACAGGAAUAGGCUCAUGGUCUUGCUUUUGACCAAAGAAAGACCUGAGCCUUGAAAGCCAUUUUUCAGGUCUGAUGAAGUUGCCACUUUCAGCACGCCGAAGUUUCUACAGUGACCUUCUGCACACACUAACUAAAGACCUACUCUCAAAACCACGUGCAAGAACUUUCACAGUGAUUAUUUUAGAUAGUUCAUGGUUUGCCCUAGAAGGAUGGCUUUAAAAUUGUGAUUUUUUUUCUAAAUAAAAUUUAGACCCAAAAGACACCACAAAUCUAUUUUAAUUAGGAAAAUGAAUCAUAAGUGAGGGGACAUAUAUACAUAGUCUUCCCAUGAAAUGGCAAUAAUGUGGCAUAAUGCUAUUAAAUUUAGUAGCUGUAAUAAAUUUAUGUCAUUUUGACUGAUAUAUUAAAAGUAAGCUUUGAAAAAUAUGGCAUUUGAAUUUCUGGGUGAUUUGCUACUAAAAAUGUUCUUUGUGGAAUUAGUGAGCAAACAACGGAAUUUUUUCUUUGUAUUGCAGCUUUAAAGUAACGCACUCCACAAUAACCUACUUAUUAGAGAUAGCGGUGCUACCAUGGAGUGUUGGCCACCUGAACCAUUGUUUGGGGAGAGAAGAAGAUGGAGAAUGCGUAUUAUACAGUGACCGUUUCCCUAGAGUUAAAAAUGCCUCCUCUGUGUAAGGUGUGUAGGGUAUAUGUGAGGUAAACUGAGGUAUAAAAUACAGAUGAACCAAAUAAUUAGUUCUAAGUGUUGUCAUGAUUCCGAAUUCGUGGAGUCCAGUGUUUUUCCAUAGAGUGUGACAAAGGACAGUCAUAGCUCAGUAGCUACACGUAUUUGCCUUUAUGUUAGAAGAGACUUUCUUGAGUGACAUUUUAAUAGAGGAGGCAUCCGCUAUGUUUUUCUGUAUUACAGCAGCAUAGUCCUUAGGCUCCUGGACAGAGUGAAAUCAUGAGUAUUUAUGAGUUCAGUAUUGUUCAAAUAAGGCUACAGUAUUUGCUUUUUUGUGUGGAUGUAUUGCAUAUAAUGUUCAAGUAGGUGAUUUUACAUUUACAGGCAUCUGAAAUGUCUGAUUACUCCAUUUUAUCAGUCCUGACUGUACAAGAUUGUUGCAAUUUCAGAAUAGCAGUUUUAUGAAGUUAAUUUAGCUUCUGAUCUAUACAAUUUUUUAGCUGUUCAUUUCAGCGUUAUGUUUUCCACAAUACCCAUUUGUGGGAUUCCUUCUGUUGCCCCUAAAUUUUCAAAGAAAGAAGGAAAGAAAAUUGUGAUUGAGAAAGGAGAAGGAGGAGAAGAAAAAAGAAUAAUGGGAGAUAAGGAAAAAAGAUUUAAGAAAGGGAAGAGACAGGAGGGGGAAUGAGGAAGAGCUGGAACUUCUGCUGAUGAAUCUUUUGGUCUGCAUUCUUGGUUUAACUGCAAAUGGCCUAAUAUUUUCCCAAUGACCUUAUUCCAAAUCCUGUUAUGCCCUAAGGUCCUGCUGGGUAGAAAUUCAUUUAAUGAUCAACACUGCCCAGGCCAGAGUACCGAGUGCUUUGUGCAGACACUGAUAUUUGAGAGAGAGUAUUUCAAACAUAAAGUCACUUUGAGGUUCAUAACUUGGCUGAAAAAUUAUCUUCUCAUAACAUUUAUGCUAUGUCUAGAAAGUAGAAUGGAGAGCUAAGAAUUACUCAGAUAAUUCAGGACAAAACUGCACAUAUAUAGAGAAGUAUACCAAUUUGUGAAGUCUGAACACUCUGAGCAACUGAACUAUCAAAAUCAAUCAAUGAUAUUGAUCAAAUUACUGAAUAAUUGUUAAUUUACCCAUUAUGCUUAGCUUUGUAACACAGCUGAAAGUUACCUAUUUAAUCUUUUCAAUAAAAAUGGUUUUUGUUUUUGAAAUCCAGAAAUGAUUUAAAAAAAAAAGAGGUCAGGUUUCUAACUAUUUAUUGAAGUGUGUGGGUGUACAGUAUUUCAAUAGAUAUGAAUAUGGAUAAAUGGUAUUGCCUUAAGAUCCUCUGAAAUGUACUUACUUUAAAGACUGGAAAACGCCCUUCCUGUCUUUAGUAAAACAUCCAUAUUUCAUAAUCUGAUGUAAAAUAUGUUGUACUGUUUCCAAUAGGUGAAUAUAAAGUCAGUUUAUCAAUUAAAAUAUGUAUUUGAUUCAUUUUAAACUUUUAGUUUAAGAGAACAUGGCAGCUUAGGCCUGUUCCUCCAUUGUCUCACGUCUCUCCUGCACUGCAUACCAACACGGUAGGAGAACUUGGAUGCUAUGGCUCUCAAGGGCUCCACACUGGAUCUGUUAUGAUUCCCUAAAGGUCUGACAAUAUGCACGACAUUUGUCUAAAAAGAACUUUUUAGAGACAUAUCAUUCUUUAGAGUUUUUACAUGAAGUGACACUGCUUUUGGAGAAAAGCCUGGGGAUAAAAUCCAACAGUCAUGCAACCUGACAAUCCAAAUGCCUGUAGAGGCUCACCUGGUUUCUUAAGAAAUAUGGGUAUAAAGCAGUGGAGAGUAUGCACAC